GUCGUUUCGUUUCUUAAGCAUUGGUUGCUGUUCAAAUAAUUACCCGCGACCAAUGCAAGGAUACGCUCAAACACAUGUAAUUCACUGGAAAACACACAAUAAUACAAAACGUUGUGAAGAAUUCGCCGCCCAUCGUCAAAACAGUGGGCGAAGUUUUUGGCGACGAGGAUGGUGUCGCCUUGAUACAUGGUGGCAGCGGCGAACAUGAGUGCAUCAGCGAGGACGAUCGGUCGACCCAUUUACUGACAGGCCGUUACGCCGAAAACUCUGCAAAUUUAUUUAGCAAAACGGAAAAAUCCUCAGACGGUUCCUCUUGAAUAAUCUUCACAAAGUGGCACGUAUUAUUUCUAAAAACGCUUGUCUUUAGUUCGGCAAAGUUCGCCUUCUUCAGAUAACGCGUGCGAUACUUAAAGCGCAUCGUUAUUCAGUUGGUAAAAUCUUCGUUUAUUUUGAAUCGUCACUGAAAAAUCAACCACUGAAACUCGAACUUGACUGUAAUUUAUUGGCUUACUGAGCUUAUUUGAGCAAUUCAGAAAUGUGAAACAACGACCCUGUAUUGUUAAACUUGUCCAGGUAUAUCAAAAUACGCGAUUCGUUGUUGGAUACAACUUUACAUUUCCUGUGGUGAUUUACGGUUUCCGGAUUGUUGCUCUUAAUAACUGAAGAAAAGUAGUGUUUGUUUAGGAUACGAUUUAUUCGAUAAUCACACUCAAGGUUCCUAUGUUACAUCUUAACGUCAUCAAGGGAAAAGGCAUCGAAUUCUAAUUGUAACUACAAACCAUUGCAUCCUUCAAGUUUGUCCUACGCUUUAUUUGAUGCGUGUCCCAAUAUAAGACGUCUUCUCUUCACCUUCCUGGGUUUGUCGGCAACAUGGCUUAGCUGCCCUUAACAAUCUUCAACGACAAAAGAGAAGAAGGAAAAACGAAUGUGACAAGUUUCUAACGAGACAGGCAAAAUACAAAACUUCGAGACUAUUCCGAUUUUACUAGUCGAAUAAAUCGUUUGAUGAAGCCAGAACCAUCUUCUCAAACUGUAACAUAAAUGUCCUUAUCCAUCGGGGGAAGUACUGUAAUUGAAUCCCCUUGUUUGCCUAAGCAUUUUCGAUAAGGCAAAUCAGCGAUAGAAUCCUUAAUUGGUUUUUCACGAUAAUGGAGAGUAAGAAUCUGCCGUCUUUCUGCUGGCCUUACGUAGACUGGGUUGAAUACGCUAGCGACAAUGCGGUAAAAGUCAUGACACUCUACAUUAUCCUAUUAAUAGCAAGUAUUCCAGGUUCUACUCUCAAUCUCCUGAUUCUCGCCACGAUUUGGAGACGAAGCAGUUUACAAACGCCUUCAAACCUAUUCCUGUGUAAUCUAGCACUUUCAGAUUUUAUCGUAGGUGUUGUGUCUCUUCCGCUAGCGAUCUCGUGGAAGUACGUGGAAAUUUUUGGGAAAAACAAAGAGGUGUUGUGCAGUGUUGGGCUGACGGCUUUCGCGCUAUCAUCUGUAUUUGCAGGAAUCUCUAUACUCACAGUGACCGCUGCAACAGUUGACCGAUACUUAGCGCUAUACCUUCACCUCAGCUACCCCGCCAAAGUCACCACCAAACGGGUAGCUGUGGGCUGCUUGCUCAUGUGGGCCACAUCCCUCGUUACAGCCCUGGUCGUAUUCACUGGGUUUGCAAACUUCAACUACUUGACUAUUGUUAUUUUGCCACUAUGUACUCAAGUCUCCGCUGUCAGCUUUUACAAGAUAUUCAAAGUGAUUAAACACCACCAUACCCAGAUUUCCAGUCUGAGCGCGCAGUUCCAAGCAAGUUCUACUUUGCCCAGCAUGCUCCGCUACCGGCGCUCCGUAAUGAGUUUAGUCUACGUGCAAAUUCUUCUAAUUAUUUCGUGCCUCCCGUUCACGUGCACCAUGAUUGUAUACCAAGUCAAAGGGCCAUCCGUCAACGUGCUCCUGGCCUGGAAUAUCGGCACGUUCUUUGUCUACCUGGCUUCGAGUUUAAACCCAGUGUUAUACUGCUGGCGUAUCAGGGAGGUGCGCAAUGCAGUAUGGGACACGGUGAGGCUAUGGGCGUCACGGACCAGGCACCGACUGUUGGGUAUUGAAGGAGCUGUGAGUGAUCAAUCGGGUGGUACUACCCUUAAUAACACCCGUGGAACUGCUACAGUGAUACGAGUGAAGGAAUCUCGUGUAAAUAACGGCGUCAUAGAGGCGUCACAUUGGAAUAACUCUUGCCUGCGAUGACAACACUCGUGAGGUGGAACUCCUACAGUAAUAAGAGUGACAGAAUCUCACUUGUAAAUCGCGCGCUCUGAUUGGUCAAGGGUCCAUGUGUUAUUAGAGGACACGCGCACGCUUGGCGUCAAAAUGCGCGCGCUCCCCAAAAACUAGAUUGUAAAUUAAGAAAACAUUUUUAUAGUUGUAUAAAGCAAAUAGAUCUCA